UGCACCCGAGAAAGCCAAUAAAGAGCCCGGUCUCCCAAAAGGCCGGCUCCCUUCUUCCACUGCCCUUGCCCACCACCCCCCCCGCCUCCCAAGUUCUGUUUUCUUCACUCUAUCCAUCGCUCAAAAUGGCUGCUGCUGCCAUUACGCUAUUGCCAUCACUGACCCUUAGAAGAGGAAGACCCUACUUCUCAUCGCUCCCCUCAAGGAGGCGCUUUCCUUGUCUGCAAGCCCUGUCCAACCACUGCUCCUCCCCCUUAAAAAUCCCAUCUUGGAGCAAAAAGGCUCCUAUUCGACUUUUUUCAUCUAAUGCUCUCUCCCCUUUCACAAACCCACAAUCAUCAUCAACAGCAUGGGCAAUGGAAACAGACGUGGCCAAACCGAUGCUAGCUCUCAUCAGGAGGCUUCUGUUGUGUGCCUUGGUCUGGAUUGCACUCACCUUUGUGUCGUACGUUGUUUGCGGCGCUGCGCUUGCCGCCGCAAAAGCCGCCAGUGACUCUGUCAGAGCUUCUGGGCUUGGUUUGAAGGUCGCCACGGCGCUGAGAAUGUCUGGCUGGGCCGACGAGGCCAUCGUCUUUACCCUCGCCACACUCCCUGUUCUGGAGCUCCGUGGUGCCAUUCCCGUUGGCUACUGGAUGCAACUUGACCCUCUCCAUCUCACCAUUCUCUCCGUUCUGGGGAACAUGGUUCCGGUGCCAUUCAUCGUUCUCUACUUGAAAAAGUUCGCAUCUUUCCUCUCCCAGAAGAGUGCCUCGGCAACCCAAUUCCUGGACCUUCUGUUCAAGAGAGCCAAAGAGAAAGCUGGGCCUGUCGAGGAGUUUCAGUGGCUGGGUUUGAUGCUGUUUGUGGCGGUGCCCUUCCCUGGAACGGGGGCUUGGACUGGGGCAUUCAUCGCAGCCAUCCUCGAUAUGCCAUUCUGGUCUGCUGUCUCAGCCAAUUUCUUUGGGGUUGUUCUGGCUGGGCUGCUGGUAAAUUUGCUGGUGAAUCUUGGUCUAAAGUAUGCCAUUAUAACUGGUUUGCUUCUUUUCUUUGUAUCGACAAUCAUGUGGAGUGUCCUACGAUUGUUUAAGAAAUCAUUGAACUCAGAAUGACAUAAGUUGCAUACUUCAUUUACAUGUUUAUAAUGGAGUUUAUGCAGCAUCCUUUGUUUGAGUUACCCAAUAGAAAUAAUUAUUGAUUCAACCACAACAUUUUGUUUUGAUGCCUGUGAGUCUGGUAUUUGUCAGUUAUGGGGAAUUUGAUUCAUUAUCAAUAGUACUUAAAGGAAUAACUCCUCAUGUAACAUAUGAGGAUUUUGAUUGUAGCACA